AUGCUCCGAAUUAUUCGCACUGGCAAUUCCAUAAGAAAACCCCGACGAUUCUCACUGCUUAAACUUCUCGUCUCUGCCAAAUCCAACUUCUCCGCCACUGCUCCUUCGGAUAUAGACUGUGUUGGCAUUGCGCAAUCGGUAAUCUGCAAGGCUUCUUCUCUAUUCCCCAACAGUAAUAAAGGUAAAGUUCACAACUUAAGCUCUGGCCCUUCUGUCAAGCACCUACUUUGGGAUAUCUCCGAUACAGUACCUGAUGUCGCGCGUAGGUUUCGUCGAUUCCAUUGUUUGCAACCCGAACAUGUGCUUGAAAUGUUGCUGGGUUUUCAAUUUGAAUCUCGAAUGGUUAAUGUUAAGAAGGAAAAGGUUGAAUCUUUGUGGGGGAUAUUCAAUUUUGCGAGUAAGCAGGGUAUAUGGUUUAAGCACUUGCCCAAGUCUUGUGAGGCAAUGGCCUCUUUACUCCUUCAGUCUGGGAUGUUUACAGAGGUCCAGUUGUUGCUUUUGGAAGUGGAGAGACAAGGGAUUUCGUUGGAUGGGAAUGAGAUUUAUGAUGGGUUGAUUAGAGGGUAUGUUGAAGCUAGUAAGCCAGAGAGAGCUGGUUUAGUGUAUGAGAAGAUGAGGGAGCAAGGCUUGGUCCCAUCAUCAAUGUGUUAUCAUGGUCUUUUGAAUCUUUUGGUGAGGAUGAAGAGAAGCGAAUUGGCCUUUCGGGUGUGUGUAGACAUGGUCGAACUUCAGGUUGUUUUAGAUGAUGGGUUGAAUGCUGGUUUGGAGAACGUUUGUAGAUUACUUUGUGUGGAUGGAAUGAUUAAGGAGGCAAGGAGGCUUUUGAAGAAGGCAAUGGGUUUAGGAUUUAAUCCUAGCAGCUUCCUUGUGAAUGAGAUAGCUUGUGGCUAUUGUUCCAAACAUGACUAUGAAGAUUCUCUCCAGUUCUUCGCCAAGAUGAAGUGUGCACCAAGUGUUCUGACAGGGAACAAAAUUAUAUGGAGCUUGUGCCACAAUUUCGAUGCUGAGAGUGCAAAUUUGUUUAGGCUCGAAAUGGAGCAGCUGGGCUUCAUUCCUGAUGAUAAAAGUUUUGGGAUUUUGAUCGGUCAAUGCUGCAAGGAAAGGAAUUUAAGGGAUGCUUUCUUGCAUUUUUCUGAGAUGGUUUCAAGAGGUUUAAAACCUGGGACUUGGUCUUACAAUGCUCUUAUUGGUGGUAUGCUGAAGGAGGGCAUGUGGGAUCAAGCCGGCAUUAUUCUUGAUGAGAUGAUGGAUUCUGGAAUAACUCCUGGAUUAUCAACUUUUAGAAUUCUCCUUGCGGGAUACUUUAAAGCCAGACAAUUUGAAGAAGCAAAGAAAAUAGUUCAUAAGAUGAGGGAGAUCGGCUUAGUUGCCCCAUCUCCGAUUGAAGACCCACUUUCUAAAGCUUUUCUUAUCUUGGGAUUCAAUCCAGCCUCUGUGAGGUUUAAAAGGGACAAUGGGUCGAGUUUUCUGAAGACAGAAUUUCUCGACCAACUUGGAAAUGGACUGUAUUUGGAUGCAGAUAUAAAGGAGUUUAGAAAAAAAGUCAAGCAAAUCCUGGAAGAUUCCCUGAUUCCUGAUUUCAAUGUGCUUUUAAGGGAGGAACUUGAUGAUGGAAACUUCAGAGAUGCUUUCUCCAUUGUAGAUGAAAUGGUUCGAUGGGGCCAGGAGCCAACUCCAGAUGUCUUUACUAGAUUGGUAAAGGGGCUUUGUGGAUCCCGAUCCCAAAUAAGAUUGUGCAACUUCCUCAUUGAAAAAGUGCCCAAGUUUUCAAAUCUGCUAAAUGAAGAGGUCCUCAAUUAUCUUGUUCAGGCAUACUGUAAAAUUGGAUUGGCAGAGACAGCAAGGAUAAUUUUUGGUCAAAUGAUUCAAAGAAAUAUGAGGAUUGACAGUUCAAGCUUUACUGCUCUGAUUACUGCAUUAUGCAAGAAGGGAAAUUUGUCUGAUAAUCUGCAUGAGUGCUGGGAUAUUGCUCAGAACAGCAAAUGGCUGCCACAGUUGAAGGACUUCAGCCGUAUUAUUGAAGGUAUCGUCUACCGGGGAAUGCUGAUGGAAGCAGUAGAGCUUCUAGAAAAAUUGUUAGUCUUGCAUCCUAACUCGAGGCCAGAAAUUUAUUGUAUUUUCCUGGAGAAGCUUUCAGUUACCGGCUUGGCAUCAAUUGCUUAUUUGGUUUUGGAAGAGCUAGAGAAACAUGGAUUUAUUGUGGAUGACACUACUUACAGUAAUCUUGUAGCAGGGCUAUACAAAGAGAGGAAAUAUGCAGAUGCGUACAAAAUAUUCAACCAUGUUUUAGCUAGAAGCUUAGUCCUCGGCUCGGAUGUUUCUGUUAUUCUGAUUCCUCAGCUGUGUAUUGUUAGUGUUCCGAAAGCUAAUUUACUGGAAGAGACUGAACUAGGAAAAGAUUCAUCCUCUUCAUUUUCUUUUGUUGGAGCUCUACAUAGAAGAUUCGGUGUGAGAGGAAAGAUUAAAGAAGCAGCCAGUCUGCUACAGGGUAACAGAGAUCUUACGAGGAGCGUUCUGAAUGAAAUGGAGGCAAAGCACUUACCCUUCAAUGAUGCCACUUAUAACUUUCUUAUAGAUGGGUUUGCCAAAUGCAAAGAUGUUUCUAGCUCUAUUUACUACAUGUCUGCCAUGGUUUCAAUGGACCUUCAGCCAAGCUCCAGCAGCUUGAGAAGCUUAGUAUCCUGUCUACUCAAGCAAGACGAUUCUAGUAAGGUCUUGGACUUGAGUCGAGAAAUGGAAUCAAAAGGCUGGGUUCAUGGUUCCAUCCUUCAAAACGCAGUUGCAGAGCAGUUACUUGUCCAAAAUAAGUUCGAAGACGCAGAGAAUUUCCUGGAUAGGGUUGUGGAUAAAGGUUUAGCUCCAGAUACCAUUAAUUAUGACCGUCUAAUCAAGCUAUUUUGCUGUUAUGGAAGAACAAGCAAAGCUAUUGAUCUUCUGAACAUAAUGCUGAAAAAAAGAAACCUCCCAAACUCGAGGAGCUACGACUACAUAAUUCAAAGUCUUUGCAAACACAAUAAAGUGAACGAAGCUCUUGAUUUCCAUGCUGAGCUGUUGGAUAGAGAUGAUGGUAAGCCGAGCAUUGAGACAUGGAGUUUGUUGGCUCACAAGCUGUGCCAGGAAGGAAGAGCCUCAGAAGCAGAAGAGCUUCUCCAUGCCAUGCUUGCAGCUGGAGAAAUCCCCGGGAGAGAGAUGUACUCUUGCGUGAUUGAGAGUUACCGUUCAGAGAACAAUCUACGAAAUGCUUCCAAGGUGAUGGGAAUGAUGCAGAGAAGUGGAUAUGAUCCAGAUUUUGAGUCUCACUGGUCUUUGAUCAGCAACUUGAGCACCAGUUCCAUGGUGAAAGAGGCUGAUAAUGAUAAGACAAGUGGUGGGUUCUUAACUGGGCUUCUGUUUGGCAGUGGCCAUCCUGUCAGAACUAGAAGCAACUCUAAUAGGAUUAAUAAACCUCUGUAAAUGUUUGAUAAGUUGAGUCUCUGUUAAUGACCAUAGCUCGAUAACUAAUAUCCCAUUUAUGAAUAUUAAUUUCAGAGACUUUGACAUGAUAGUUGGAUCAAUUUCGGCCUGGAAGCUUUUCCUGCCCUUUUUGUUUUAUUUCAGCAACUACCAGCUGGUGCAGUUGCCAGGUACAAACCGUGUCCUGGAACCAAAUGGGAUUGGUUGGUUCAGUAAGUAGGGGAGGUGUUUGGAUUUGUUCAAUUUGGGAAUCUCAAUAAUACCUCCUGACCUAAACAACACAGAAUUUAAACCUUUUUUGGAAAA